AAUCUUCUUAGUCUCAAAAUUUUAUUGUAUUAUUACUCAUAAUAGGAAAUUUGUGGCUAAUUUCUAAGGUCUCUCAUGCUUAUAUCUGCGAAUAUUGAUGCUGAUAAAUUAGUUUAUACUUUCUUUGGUGAAGACAAAUUGUAUUUGAUUGGAGGAUACAUGGUUAUUUAUUUAUGACAGUUUCAUUCUAAAAAAGAAAAAAACUUUACUAGUCGCUGCGUAUAUCUCGUGUAUAGUGUAUACCCCCGGUUUUUUUUUUUUCGAGGUGGUUUAUGGUCUUUUCAUAUAUUGACAGAAUCUCUUGUUUCACAUGCUUCACACCACCACCUCUCCACCUUCACUCUUCAAAACCCAAACUUGCUUCAUUCACACCAACUCAAACCAUUCCUUGUUCAUCGUUGAAUACAUAAACCCGUAGGAAUUAUAAGGUCCAACUCUCCCAAGAAGGGACCAUCAAAGCGACCGAUCUGAACAAGGGUUAAUAGCUAUCGAAACGUGUCGUUUAAGGCCUAAAGUUAUGGCGCCUGCCACAGACAACACUCUUCAAGCUAUAUGCUACAACCGUGGUUCUCUUCAGCUACUUGAUCAGAGAAAGCUUCCUCUGGAAACUAUUUAUUUGGAAAUUCGAGAUGCCACUGAUGGAUGGCAUGCCAUAAAGGAUAUGGUGGUCCGUGGUGCCCCAGCCAUUGCAAUAGCAGCAGCCCUUUCUCUAGCAGUUGAAGUGUUCAACUUGGAUGGUUUAGAUGGGACCAUCAAUGAUUCAGUUUCUUAUCUUAUCAUGAAGUUGGAUUAUCUUGUCUCCAGCCGGCCAACUGCUGUUAAUCUUUCAGAUGCUGCGACGAAACUUAAAGAAGUGAUCUCAAAUACUGCUGCUACUGCUACAGAAGGCAAAAGUGUUUUUCAAGCCUAUAUAGAUGCAGCUGAAAUGAUGCUGGAAGAUGAUGUUACUUCAAAUAAAGCUAUUGGUUCAUUUGGAGCAAGUUUUAUUCUUCAUCAGCAGCUCAACAACCCUAAAAAGCUUUCUGUAUUGACCCAUUGUAACACCGGCAGUCUUGCAACAGCAGGAUUUGGUACUGCUCUUGGUGUAAUCCGCGCACUUCAUGCAGAAGGGGUGUUGGAAAGAGCUUACUGCACAGAAACACGUCCUUUCAACCAAGGAUCCAGACUUACAGCCUUUGAGUUGGUACAUGAGAAGAUUCCAGCCACCCUUAUAGUAGAUUCUGCCGCAGCGGCCUUAAUGCAAGCUGGGCGUGUGAAUGCUGUGGUUGUUGGAGCUGAUCGUGUGGCUGCAAAUGGUGAUACUGCCAACAAGAUUGGAACCUAUAGUCUUGCAUUGAUUGCAAAACAUCACAACGUUCCAUUCUUUGUGGCUGCACCACUCACUUCCAUCGACUUGUCUCUUUCGUCUGGAAAAGAAAUUGAGAUAGAAGAAAGAUCCCCAAAAGAAGUACUGAACUCACGAGGAGGGCUUGGAGAACAAGUUGCUGCAUCUGGAAUAUCUGUAUGGAACCCUGCUUUUGAUGUUACGCCUGCUAAUCUGAUAUCUGGCAUCAUAACGGAAAAGGGUGUCAUAACAAAAGCAGGUGAUGAUGGUUUUGACAUAUUGGGGUUUUCACUAAAGAUAGCCGGGUAGUCUUGCGCGCAGAGGAAUCCUCUUCUGGUGAAAAGUAUAACCUUUUUUUAUGCCAAGCAGCUAUGUUCUGCUGGUCCAAAUAAUUGUUAAAUUCUCCAUUGCUUUCUUUGUAAUAGGGGGCAAGGUUAAUGGAAAUUUCAAAAUAUUGAUGUAUCCUGUUCCUGUCCUGUGCUUCAAUUCUCAGAGUUCUAGAAUAUACAUUGUUCACAUUUUUUUCUUGAUAAUAAAGUAUACAAAUCUUUGGCUGGGUCAA